AUGUCCUCUCACUCUUCCGAAAGAACAGUCACGGCAGCCACCACUGGCUCGCCGACCACCAUCCAAAACAACCUUGCAUCCGCCCAUCACUAUGUCUCCAUCAAGUUAACCUCCCGUAACUUCUUGUUCUGGAGGACACAACUUAUCCCUUUUCUACGCGGGCAAGAUCUUCUCGGGUUUGUUGACGGUAGCACGCCAUGCCCUCCGGCAACCGUGGAUGUAGCUCCGGCCUCCGGCGAAUCUGGUUCAGGGGGUGCCACGGUGGUCUCCGGCCCCAAUCCUGCGUAUCACGCUUGGAUUAAACAAGACCAAUCCAUCUUGUCUCUCUUGAUUUCAUCACUAUCUGAUGAAGUCAUGUAUUUAGCUGUUGGCAGGAACACUUCACAAGAGGUGUGGCAGUCGAUCGGGGCGGCACUGGGCUCUUCUACACGCGCACGCUGUUUAAAUCUGCUGGGUCAAUUUCAAUCGAUUCGGCAGGGCAACAGUUCCACGGCGGAAUUUCUGGGCAAGGCGCAGCUCCUUGUUGAAUCAUUGGCGUUGGCCGGCCGUCCGUUGUCUUUGGAUGAGCAGAACAUGUAUGUGUUCAGGGGAUUGCGUCCGGAAUUCCGGGCGUUGGCAGCUUCACUCACUGUAACAGGUACACCCGUUUCCAUACCGCAGCUUCUGGACUACCUGCAGGCUCAAGAAUUCAUCAUCAGUGAUGAUUUUCCGGCUGGCGGCGAUGGCGGUAUUGGGGGUUCUCCGACAGCUAUGAUCGCCGGACAUGGUCGACACCAGUCCGGUGACGGUGGUUCUGGACAGUCCCGUGGCGGACAGAACAGAGGGCGGAACGGCCGUGGACGUGGUGGCUCCGGUCGCGGCAGAGGUGGUACUCCAAGGUGCCAAAUAUGUAGAUCCCAUGGACACACUGCUGUUUAUUGUUUUAAACGAUAUUCAACGCAACCUCCGGCGCAGGCGAACCUUGUUGUCGCUGGUGAUGAUGUAGCGGCAGCCCCGGCCAUGUCCUGGUAUCCGGAUACAGGGGUAAAGGGCAUGCCACGCCGGAGACAUCCAUGCUAA